AAUAUGGCAAAGUAUAGAUGAAAAAUUUAACCACACUAUCGCGUUUGAGUAAAUCGAUCCUCGAGCCCGCGACCCCUAAGACCUGCUUCUGGCCGAUUCAAUAUAGCGAUUUCCCAAGGCCCGGUGCUCCACAACAAAAUCGAGGAGAGUACAAACAGCUGAAAGCGGAGGACAAUGAGGCCGACGCCGCGAGGAUCAAUCGAAAAGAAUCGAGGGCGCGCGGGAGGGUCGUCAAAGGAGGUCGUCGAAAUAAGCCUAGCGAAGCAGUCGGGGGAUCAUUAUAUGCACAAAAGAGGCAGUGUUCGGGGCCGGAAUUUUCCAAGAGUCGAUUCGCAAAGAAGAAACGCUACGGUUGCAGAAAACCUCCCCUCUUCCCACUACUCUUACAGAAGAAGAAUCUUCGGUUUCUCUUCGCUGGUGUAGGCUUCAGGGAAGAAAUCAGAAGGACUAUGACGAAUCGAUCGAGGGAAAGAGAGACGGAACCAGCACUCGUCCGUCCACCAGCUCUCGCGGAUUUCAAUCGGCUCCGCGAGCGGACCAGGAGACGUCGAAACGAUUUGCUAUUCUUGCUACACCUUCGUACAGCGUGUGGUCAUUAAGGGAAGAGAAAGGGUCAUUAAGCGAGGGGUAAUGAAUGCAGAACAGAAGGAUUGAUUCCUGGUGGCGGAAGGGCGACUAACGCGCCUUGGUCAGAAAUUGUCCUCUCACUUCCGCCGCCACGGCUAGUUUGCUCGCGCCACGGGAAGGAUCCACGUUAAGCCCACGCCAGCUGGACGGUAAUGACGACGACAUUAGGGGAUCACCGGGUUUAUUAGACGCCGUACCACAAGCCUGUACGAGUAAAUUGAAUAAUUUUUGCCCCCGAGCUCUCUGCACGUGCGGAUCUGCGCUCUAUGCCUUUAGAAUUUUGAUAAAGUGGAUGGAUACUAUGUUUAAUGAAAUUAUUUAAAAUAUUCGCCUCUGUUAUUUAAUAUAUAAAACUUUCUUUCUUCAAUUUGAUUCUCAAUUUGAUUUCAAUUUCAUUCAAAAUUUUUAAUGACGAAAUAUUCAACGUUACUUUACUCAAAAAUUAACAUCAAAUUUUUGUCGCGUUUCAACAGACCUUCGUUCUUUAUACAAGAUCGUUAAUGAAUGGUCCAAUAAUUUUCACAUAAAUUGUCGAUACAUCAGAACAAAUUUCUCUCAGGUUUUCAUUACUUUAACUCUGUUUAUGAAAGUAUGAGUUUGCACAAAU